AUGGCGAUGGAGCAGAUCCCUCAGUCAAUGGCAGGAUUUGGAUGGAAGUACUUUCUGGAUGAUGCUGGAUGUAAAGUUCUUUUGUAUUUAUUCAGAGCAGCCAGAGGGGUUUGUCUUAAUGCCACCUGUCUUCUGAGUGUCUUCCAGGUCUCAAAGCUUUGCACUAGAAAUGCUUGGUGGAAGAUCACUACUAGAUUCUCCAAGUGCUUUGGUGUCUGUGGUUCCCUUUUCUGGAUCCUGCAGCUCCUAGUAAAUGUUUAUAUGCCUCUGACAGUGAUUGGUCCAGCACACAAACAAAAUGUCACUCUGCACAUAACCCUUUCCAAUGUUAUUACAUGUUGUUUAUUCUUUUUAAUUGGUGUUAUGUGUUUGGUUUUCAUGAUGUGGGCCAGUGGCUCUAUGGUCUUUGUUCUGCGCAGACACAAGCAGUGGGUCCAGCACAUUCACAGCUGCAUUCCCUCCCAAAGACCUGGCCAUGAAGACAGGGCCACAUAUACCAUCCUGACCCUGAUGAGAAUGUUUGUCUCCUAUUGUCUGUCUGCCAUUUUCACUCUUUGCUGGUGGACACAUCUGUGUUUCUGGGUCACCCUUCACCCUCAUACUCCUAUUGUGUUUCCUGAAGUACCAGGGAUGAAAGAUAUGAAUGUAGAUGCUGAAAUUUUAUAG